AUGCAGAAGUUUGUAGCAGUUGUCGCCUUGCUGGCGCUGUUGAGCGUUGGCACCCAAUCGCUUCCCGAUGCGGGUCCACGAAUUACCGGAGGCACCCAGACGCUGCUGGGCCAGUACCCGUCGGCGGUAAUCAUCGAGACGCCGUACAUCGUCCAGAACUGUAUGGGUACGGUGGUAAACCGGCAGCACGUACUUACCGCGGCCAGCUGCGUCAUGAACCCGACCACGUUCGUGAUGAUCAACCCGUUCUGGUUGCGCGUGAUUGCGGGAGAUAUUAACAUCGUGCCGGUAUCGCCGAGGCGCGAAGUCCGCAACGUCAUCCGGAGCUACGUGCAUCCGAACUACAACCGGUUGACGGACGGGAACAAUCUGGCGGUGCUGCGGGUGGAGGUACCGUAUCCCGAGUUCCACAACACGAUCGAACCGGCCCUGUUCAACACGCGCAUCCUUGCGGACAAUACCCAGUGUCAGUUUGCGGGCUGGGGUGCCGCCCAGAACCAGGACACGGCCGUGGUGCGCACGAAUCAGUUCGUCGUCCCGCAGCCAAUUCUAACGACGGCUUCCUGCAAUGCAGCCAACGUCCACAACAACCGGGUGCAGCCGUCGAUGAUCUGUGCGGGUCAGCUGGCAGCGGGCCAGAACUCUGUCUGUCGCGGCAAUAUGGGCGGUGGUUUGUACUGCAACGGCCGGCUGACCGGUGUGCUGGCGUUCGGUUUGGGUUGUGGUGUUGCCAAUCAGCCGGCCGUGUACAUGGAUGUGCGGCAGUACACUCAGUGGAUCGAAACACAGUUUACGCGCACGGACAACCCAGCCCCCGGCUGGACACCGCCGCAACCAUUGUGA